GUACAUAAGAAACAAUUUUUGUAAAAUCUACUACAUUAAAGCAAAAAAGUAUGGAAAAGUAUUAAUUAAAUGUGAUCUGAUAAUUAUGGACAAAGAAUUUAGCCCCUGCGUAAUAUCAUUUCUUGCUACAUUACUGUAUAGUUCAGCUGUGAAUAGGGAAGAAUGAGUGCUCAAUAAAAUAGAGAACACCAGUUGCCGGUUUGCCUGCUAGCAAAACUGUUCGAUAUUCGUUGUAAAGAAAUAGUUGAAAAUAUCUUUGAAACAUAUACAACAAUUAUGGACAAUCAGGAUUGCUAUUUAAUAUUGGAGAAUGGCAAAUCUUUACCUGGAAAAUGUUUUGGAGCAAAAGAAUGUGUCGACGGAGAAAUUGUUUUUCAGACUGGAAUGGUGGGUUAUCCUGAAUCGUUAACAGAUCCAUCUUAUCAUGCUCAAAUUUUAGUACUGACAUAUCCAUUAAUUGGAAAUUAUGGCAUACCAGGAAAUGAAAAAGAUGAACACGGUUUACCGCUGUGGUUUGAAUCAAAUCGAAUUUGGGCAGCUGCUCUGGUGGUUGACGAAAUUUGUGAAACGCCAAGUCAUUGGAGGCAAAUUCAAACCUUAUCCGAAUGGAUGGAGAAAGAAAAAAUUCCCGGAAUUUGUGGAAUUGAUACUCGAGCUUUGACAAAAAUUAUCCGAGAAAAUGGAACAAUUCUAGGCAGAAUUGUUCGACAUAAACAAAAUGAAUUUCCUUUAUGUCCUUCUAUUGUCGAUCCAAAUACCAGAAAUUUGGUCGCUGAAGUUUCAUGUAAAGACAUAAAAACGUACAAUCCAAAAGGAUUUCCCCGCGUAUGCGUAAUUGAUUGUGGAUUAAAAUACAAUCAAUUGCGAUGCUUUUUGAAAAGAAACGCGCGAUUGGAUGUUGUUCCAUGGGAUUAUGAUUUUACGAAAGCAGAAUUUGAUGGUCUUUUUAUAAGCAAUGGACCAGGAAAUCCCGCAAUGUGUGAAAUUACCAUUAAAAAUAUCAAAAAAUACUUGUCAUCAUCAAAUCCAAAACCAAUAUUUGGAAUUUGCCUUGGUCAUCAACUUCUUUCCUUAGCUGCCGGUGCAACUUCCUAUAAAAUGGAUUACGGUAAUCGUGGUCACAAUCAACCAGUCACUCAUCAUGGAACGGAUAGAUGUUUUAUGACUUCGCAAAAUCAUGGAUUUGCAAUAGACGCGGAACAAUUGCCAAAAGAUUGGGAGCCACUGUUUACAAAUACAAAUGACAAAAGUAACGAAGGUAUUAUUCAUUCGAAAUUACCGUAUUUUUCUGUUCAAUUUCAUCCAGAACACACGGCCGGUCCUCGAGAUCUUGAAUGUUUAUUUGACGUAUUUCUCGAAACAAUCAACAAUAGAGAAAUAAUGACGAUCAAAGAACGAUUGCAUAAGAAAUUAAUUUACAAUCCCGAAAUUCCUUAUGGUCGUUUUCGACCAAAGAAAGUUUUGAUUCUUGGAAGCGGUGGUCUUAGUAUCGGUCAAGCUGGCGAAUUUGAUUACUCGGGUUCGCAAGCAAUUAAAGCUCUUCGCGAGGAGAAAAUUCAAACACUUCUCAUCAAUCCCAAUAUUGCCACUGUACAAACCUCAAAAGGAAUGGCUGACAAAGUCUAUUUUCUUCCCAUUACCCCAGAAUACGUGGGACAAGUGAUAAAAUCAGAGCGACCGGAUGGAGUUCUUUUAACUUUCGGUGGACAGACAGCACUCAAUUGUGGUGUAGAGCUCGAGAAGAACGGUAUAUUUAAGAAAUAUAAUGUGAAAAUUCUUGGAACUCCAAUUGAAUCUAUCAUUGAAACAGAGGACAGAAAAAUUUUUGCUGAUCGAAUUUGUGAAAUCAAUGAAAAAGUUGCGCCAAGUGCGGCAGUUUAUACAAUUAAUGAAGCACUUCAGGCAGCUGAAAAAUUGGGUUAUCCAGUUAUGGCACGAGCUGCAUUCUCGCUAGGUGGUUUGGGAUCAGGAUUCGCAAAUAAUGAAGAAGAAUUGAAAACACUCGCUCAACAAGCUCUCGCACACUCGAAUCAAUUGAUCAUUGAUAAAUCGUUGAAAGGAUGGAAGGAAGUUGAAUAUGAAGUAGUUCGCGAUGCCUACGAUAAUUGCAUUACAGUUUGUAAUAUGGAGAAUGUUGAUCCUCUGGGUAUUCACACUGGUGAAUCAAUUGUCGUUGCACCAAGUCAAACUCUCUCGAAUCGCGAGUACAAUAUGUUGAGAACGACUGCUCUUAAUGUUAUACGGCAUUUUGGUAUUGUUGGCGAAUGUAAUAUUCAAUAUGCGCUGAAUCCAAUUUCAGAAGAAUUCUAUAUUAUUGAAGUUAACGCGCGACUUUCAAGAAGUUCAGCUUUAGCUAGUAAAGCCACUGGUUAUCCAUUGGCUUACGUUGCUGCUAAAUUGGCUCUAGGAAUUUCGCUACCGGAAAUUCAAAAUUCAGUAACGGGAAAAACUACCGCUUGCUUUGAGCCCAGUUUAGAUUAUUGUGUCGUUAAAAUUCCACGAUGGGAUUUUAGUAAAUUCCAAAGGGUCAGCACCAAGAUCGGAAGCAGCAUGAAGAGUGUGGGCGAAGUGAUGGCAGUAGGACGAAAAUUUGAGGAAGCAUUUCAGAAAGCAUUGCGAAUGGUCGACGAGAAUGUGACUGGUUUCGAUCCCUAUGUAAAUUCCGUGAACGAUGACGACCUGGAGAAACCAACGGACAAACGAAUGUAUGUUUUGGCUGCUGCAAUAAAAGCCGGCUAUUCAAUCGAUCGUUUAUAUGAAUUAACAAAAAUUGAUCGUUGGUUCCUGUCAAAAUUGAAGAACAUCAUUAUAUAUUAUAAUCUUUUGGAAAGUUUAGAUCAGAGAAAACUUUCCAGAAAUGUAUUACUUGGAGCAAAGAAAAUUGGAUUCUCCGACCGACAAAUUGCUGAAGCUGCAAAAAUUUCUGAUCGUUUGGUGCGAAUGCAACGAAAUGAAUUUGGCAUCUCACCAUUUGUUAAACAAAUUGACACUGUUGCUGCCGAAUGGCCUGCGAGUACAAAUUACCUUUACCUAACUUACAAUGCUGAAGAUCAUGAUAUUGAAUUCCCGGGAAAUUAUACAAUGGUCAUUGGAUCGGGAGUUUAUCGAAUUGGAAGUUCUGUUGAAUUCGAUUGGUGUGCAGUGAGUUGUCUUCGAGAAUUGAGAAAUCUAGGACGGAAAACAAUUAUGGUGAACUAUAAUCCAGAAACAGUCAGUACUGAUUUCGAUAUGAGCGACCGACUCUACUUUGAAGAAAUUUCAUUUGAAACAGUUAUGGAUAUUUAUGAGCACGAAAAUCCAGAAGGUAUCAUCUUAUCAAUGGGUGGACAACUUCCAAACAAUAUUGCUAUGGAUCUGCACAGACAACAGGCCCGAAUUCUAGGAACUGCUCCCGAAUCGAUUGAUGACGCUGAAAAUAGAUUCAAAUUUUCUCGAAAACUUGAUUCGAUCGGAAUUUCUCAACCUAGGUGGAAAGAAUUGACAAAUCUCGAAUCGGCUGUUGAAUUUUGUGAAGAAGUUGGUUAUCCGUGUUUAGUACGACCAUCGUAUGUUUUAAGUGGCGCAGCAAUGAAUGUUGUGCAUUCAAAUCAUGAUUUGGAGUCGUAUUUAAAAAUUGCCAGCAAUGUGAGCAAGGAGCAUCCUGUUGUUAUAUCGAAAUUUAUUCUCGAAGCGAAGGAAAUUGAUGUCGAUGCUGUUGCCUAUGAUGGUACAAUUUUCUGUAUGGCUGUUUCGGAGCAUGUGGAAAAUGCCGGAGUUCAUUCUGGAGAUGCGACUUUGGUAACACCGCCCCAGGAUAUUAAUCAGGAAACUCUUGCGAAAAUCUGCACUAUAGCAAAAGACGUUGCAGCUUCAUUGUCUGUCACUGGACCAUUCAAUAUGCAGCUGAUAGCUAAGGAUAACGAACUGAAAGUAAUCGAAUGCAAUGUUCGUGUUUCAAGAUCAUUUCCAUUUGUUUCAAAGACUCUGGAUCACGAUUUUGUUGCUACAGCGACUCGUUUAAUUGUUGGAGAAACUGUAAAACCUGUCGGUCUUUUAACUGGAUCUGGAAAAGUUGGAGUAAAAGUGCCUCAAUUCUCAUUUUCCCGUUUGACUGGUGCCGACGUUAUGUUGGGCGUCGAGAUGGCAUCAACCGGAGAGGUAGCUUGUUUUGGUGAUAAUCGAUAUGAAGCUUAUCUAAAAGGAAUGUUGAGUACUGGUUUUCGUAUUCCGCAAAGGGGCAUUUUACUAUCAAUCGGAGCAUUUAAGCACAAAAUGGAAUUAUUGCCCAACAUUAGAAGUCUUGAUAAAAUGGGAUACAAAUUAUAUGCCAGCAUGGGAACUGCAGAUUUUUAUUCAGAACAUGGUGUUACUGUAGAACCAGUUCAGUGGACAUUCGAGAACAUCACCGUGGAUGAGGAUUCAAGUCCUUCGGAACUUUGUCAUUUAGCUGAUUUUCUCGCUAAAGAAUUAUUCGAUCUGGUAAUUAAUCUUCCAAUGCGAAAUGGAGAUACAAGAAGAGUUUCUAAUUUUUUAACCCAUGGCUAUCGAACGAGAAGAUUUGCUGUUGAUUAUUCUGUCCCUUUGGUAACAGACGUGAAAUGUGCCAAGCUUCUUGUAGAAGCAUUAAGAAUGCUACAUGGUCAGGCGCCAAAAAUGAAGACACACACAGAUUGCAUGACAUCAAGAGCAAUGACGAAACUUCCUGGAUUUAUUGAUGUGCACGUUCAUGCUCGAGAUCCUGGUGCAACUCAUAAGGAAGAUUUUGCAUCAUGUACCGCGGCUGCACUCGCUGGUGGAAUUACUAUGAUAUUGGCUAUGCCUAAUACAAAUCCAGCAAUUGUUGAUCGACAAAGCUUCAAUUUAGCUAAAGAAAGAGCAGCAGCAGGUGCAAGAUGUGAUUAUGGUAUUUUCCUUGGAGCAUCAUCUGAAAAUUAUAAUAUAAGUGCAGAAAUAGCUCCAAUGGCAGCAGCAUUGAAAAUGUAUCUGAAUGAAACGUUCACAACAUUGAAAUUGAGUGACCUCAGCGUCUGGAUUAAGCACUUUGAAAAUUGGCCAAAAAAAUAUCCACUCUGCGUUCAUGCUGAAAAACAAAUUGUAGCAACAGUUGUUUUAUUGUGCAGUCUCAAUGGAAGACCCGUUCACAUUUGUCAUGUUGCUCGAAAAGAAGAAAUUCAAAUUAUACGUGCUGCUAAGGAAAAGGGACUUCCAGUUACAUGCGAGGUGUGUCCUCAACAUUUAUUCCUCUGUCAAGAUGAUUUGGAUAAAAUCGGUCACUUUAAAGGACGAGUUUGUCCAAUGUUAGGAACGCGAGAAGAUGUUCAAGCUCUUUGGGACAAUAUGAAUUUUAUCGACUGCUUUGCAACCGAUCAUGCGCCUCACACUGUUGAGGAAAAAACGAGUGAGAAGGCACCACCUGGAUAUCCAGGACUGGAAACAAUUCUCCCCUUAUUAUUGACUGCAGUGCAUGAUGGAAAAUUGAAAAUGGAGGAUCUUGUCGAAAAGUUUUAUUUAAAUCCGAAAAAAAUAUUCAAUCUACCUGAUCAACCGAACACGUACAUUGAAGUGGAUCUAGAUGAGGAAUGGAUUAUUCCCGAGGCGAUGCCAUACACCAAGUCGAAAUGGACACCGUUUGCUGGAAUGAAAGUUCGAGGAAUGGUUCACAGGGUUGUGAUUCGUGGAGAGGUGGCAUAUGUAGAAGGACAAGUGCUCGCAAAUCCUGGUUUUGGACAAGACAUCCGGGAAACUCAAUUGAAAUUAAAACAUCAACUACUCAAUUCUCAAACAAAUGUUGACGUUAAUUUUAGUCGUCCUAAUUCUGCUCUCGAUAUGAUUAUUUCACCAAAUAUCGAAAAACUUGGUAAACCGAUAGAAUUUUCCGAAGAUGAACAAUCAGAAUCACCUCUGAAUCUUUUAAAACCAAUUUCCCAAAAGUCGAAUGUUCACUUUAUGCAAGGAGAUAUACGUGAUCAUUCAAAAAAUACAGGACAACGAAUCAUUUCUCCAGUUCCUUUCAGUACUGGUAUGAGAUUCAGAACAAAUAGUGGAUCAAAUUUUAUACAUCCAGUUGGAUCUCAUGGAAGUCAUGGACUUUUUAAUCAUCACAUUAUUUCUGUCGAUAUGUUUCAUAAACAACAAUUGAGAGAAAUCUUUAGUCUCGCUGAUACAUUUAAACAAUAUGUGAAAAAAGAACGACCAUUGGAUCAUGUUAUGAAGGGGAAAGUAAUGGCUUCAAUUUUCUACGAAGUGAGUACAAGAACAUCUUGCAGUUUUGCUGCUGCAAUGCUUCGUCUUGGAGGAACUGUCAUUAACAUGGACGGAUCAACAUCUUCAGUUAAGAAAGGCGAAACUUUAGAAGACUCUGUGGCAGUGAUGGCAGGAUACGCUGAUAUUGUUGUUCUCAGACAUCCAGAACCUGGUGCAGUUUCUAGAGCAACACAAUCGUGCAGAAAACCUUUAAUUAAUGCCGGUGAUGGAGUUGGAGAGCAUCCAACGCAGGCACUCCUUGAUAUCUACACGAUUCGAGAGGAAAUUGGUACCGUCAAUGGAUUAACAAUUACAAUGGUUGGAGAUCUUAAACACGGACGAACUGUCCAUUCUCUCGCCCGACUUUUAACGUUGUACAAUGUACAAUUGAGAUACGUUAGUCCGGAAAAUUUGUGCAUGCCGGAACACGUAAUGUCUUACGUGGCUGAACGUGGUAUACAUCAGAAAAAAAUAGACAAACUUGAAGACGCUAUUGUUGACACGGAUAUUCUUUACAUGACGCGAAUACAAAAAGAACGUUUCUCUAGCGAAGAAGAGUACAAUAAGUCGUGCGGUCAAUUUGUGGUGACACCAGAGUUGAUGACGCGAGCAAAGAGGAAAAUGGUGGUCAUGCAUCCUCUUCCUCGAGUUUUUGAAAUAAGUCCUGACUUCGAUACGGAUCCAAGAGCUGCUUAUUUCCGGCAAGCUGAGUUUGGUGUCUACGUUCGCAUGGCUCUCAUUGCAAUGGUUCUAGGUCGGUGCUACAAUAUCUAACAUUUAAAUAAGAUUAACAGAAAAAAAAGAUACAAGCAACUCUGAUAUAUUAUUUCGGUCAAGGUUGAAUCGACCGAGUUCAAGGGAAUUUCAAAUUAUUUUCGAAAACCGGUUCAAGUUUUAUUUUUACUCUUCGUGAAUAACUUGCUCUUCUUUUAUUAACAAGAAGAUUCAUUUUUUCUUUAUAUUAAGAAAAUUUUAAUAAAAGAAAAACAAGAUGAAAGUAAAAAAGAAAAGUUAAUGAAAAAUAAAAUAACUAAAGAAAAAAGAGUAGAAUUAAAUAAAUAUUUAAAAAAAAGUAUUUUUGCAAAGAGAAAAAAGGGGUUAGAAUUUUUAAUCGAAGUUAAAAAUUUUUAAUACAUGUUAAUUAUAAAAUUUUUACUUCUUUUUUUGAUGAAUACUAUAUUAUUAUAGAAGACACAAUUUUUGAGCACAAUGUAUUUAAAAAAAAAAUUUUAAUACAAUUUUAUAUAUAUAUAGUUUUAGAAUGAGAUAUACAAGUACAAAUGCUCUAUGUCUAAAGAAGCAUAAUUAUUACAUUUCAAUUAAUUUUAAAUGCAAUUGACUACCUCAUUAUUGCACAAUCUGCCAGAUUUUAUAGUAUUUUAAAUAUUUUAAAGUACAUUACAGUAUUUAAAAACAAAUGACGUUUAUGAAUGACAAACUGUAUUUUCUACGAUAUUUUUAAUAUCGACGAACAAUUUAUAAUUGUCGCAUAAUUUUUUGAAAAUUUAAUAAGAAAAAUAUUUUACUAAUGACAAAAAAAAAAAAAUAUUGUAUAUUUUUCCGGAGAAGAUUAGAUAUAUGUUUACUCAUCGAAAAUACAUGAUGCCAUUGACAGCAUCAGUAAUGAAAUUUAUUCUCCAUGUGACUCAUCAAUGAUAAUCAAUGAAUGAACUUGAAAUUCAGAGAUUAAGUUUACAUUUUGAUAUUUUUACUAUCAUUAUCAAUUUUAUAGGGCGUUGCUUGGUUUAAAAAAAAAAAACUUGAUAAGAGGAAUGUCCCUCGUAUAAUUAAAAAAAUAUAUUUUUACGUAUUUUACAACCUUUUUUUUUUUAAAAAAAAGGAAUGAUCGAUUUUAGUACUUUUAAUACUUCUACAUUUUUAGAAUGUGUGUUAUACUGUGAUUACGUUGAAAACAUUUAAUAAAAUGUAAUCAAGUUUAUAUAAA